AUGGCCAUAUCGUUAUUUGCACCACUUAAGCAACCUUACAAAUUCAACAGUAAUAUUGAGCAUGUCAAGAGUAUUACUUCAUAUUUUUCCCUACUUGCUAAUAGCCCUGGAAACUUUACUAUAGUCUCUAUUGGUGAUCAGCGCAAUCAAUGUCGUUCAUUCCCCAAUGAUAUUACCAGAUUCAUCCAUGAUAUUCCUCGCUCUCUCAUCAGUGGUGAUAUGGUUCAGGCUGUGGUAGACCUUGUGGGUAUACCUCCAUUUAGCUUUGAGUGGCAAAGAAGUGAAUUGAUCUGGAAUAUCAAGACAAGCACGCAUCAUAAGGACCGUGUGCUUGAGAAACGCUAUGUUGAAAAUGUUGAAGACUAUUGCUACUACAUCAAUACAUUUACCGAGGGUAUUAUAGAAACUACCAGCAGCAAAGAUUGUUUCUGCCAAUAUCCUCAAAUGGGUUAA